CGUUGAUUGUUAUACAGUUAUCCUAAGCUAGGCCGCCUGUUGGGCAAGAAGCCUUUAGGUGUGAACAAAUUAACACAAAAGUGACUGGUGGAAGGGGAACAGAUAAAUAUAGCAGCGUAAACUCUAAACUUUAUUACUUAAAUCUGUGUUAAGCCGAUAUAUUUUAAAUAUAAUACUUAUUAGUUAACCUAUGGAAAGCAUUAAAAAUAUUCGUAAUUAUAUUUUUUUCAAUGACAGUAUUUCUGUUGUUUUUUUUUAAUGACUUGUUUUAAAUCAAUAUGGUCAAAUUAAAAUACAGCCUUUUGUAAUGAAGAUCAUCAAAAUUAAAUUAAUAAUAUUUUCGUAAUAAAGAUAAGUUUCUACAUUUCUUUCCCUUGAAUGAGUCAUUUUCAUCGUAUAUCUAGCUAGCUUUGGAGCCGUCGUUGCACAGACUUUUUGAGUGCUCCACGCUAAAGAUGUCUUCCACGGUCGAAAGUUUGGCCCAUUUUGUUCUCUUUGUGGGUUGCGCUGCAAUCGCGAUGUGGUUUCUUUACCUCUUCCGUGGAUUUGUUUUCGGAACACCAGUAGACGCUGUUACCAAAGAAAUCGAACCUCAGUACAAACGCCCAGUGACUAUGUCGGCCAGCAUCAUUAUUGUACCAAAGAGGCAAUGCCCAUCAGGAUCUAGAUUUGUGCACGGUAAAUGUAGAGAAGUCUAUCCGAACACCUUAUCAGUGAAUCUUAUUACAUCCUGAUUGAUUACUGUGACGAUCUUAAUUUAGUCAAGAAUCUAUAAAUAAAUGUGUAAAUAAAUAUUUUAUUAUAUUAAAUCUGGAGGAUGAAUAGCAAGGAGUUAAAAUGGCUCUUAAUUAAUGUAAGUUUAAUCUCAUUAGUCAUAUUUUUGAAUAAUUGCUGUAAAUAAAUUAAUAGUACUAUU